UUAUACUCUAAACACAAGUUGUAUAUUUGUUUUAAUUUUACUUCAGGUACAACUGGGAUGCAAAUCUUAAACAAAUAGAAGAGAAAAGCGGAUGUAAAAUCGAUGAAAAAUAUGUUCCCCUUUUCGUCCCAAUAAUCUGGGGGUAUAAUCCGAGUUGGAGUCCAGACAGGUACAGUGUUGAUGACAGAUACGAUAUUGUUCUUGGUUUUAAUGAGCCAAACCAUAAAAGUCAGUCGAACCUCACUGCCCAAGAGGCCGCUGACGCAUGGUAUAUUGUGGAACAAGAGGCAGACAACAAAAAGAUAGCAAGUCCUGCAGCGGCUAGAUGCGGAUCAGGAUGCCACAGUGCGAGUUAUAUAGAAUGGUUCGAUGAGUUUUUCUUCAGUCUUUGCGGGAACACAAACCGACCACCUUGUGGAGUGGGUUAUAUAGCGACCCACAUGUAUUCGUGUAAAGCACAGCAAACUAUGCGUUGGAUUGACGAACUGUACCAGAAAUACCAACUACCAAUUUGGCUGACAGAAUUUGCCUGCCCUUACGCAACAGACCCCCAGGAAGAGCUGGAUUAUAUGGCGUCAGUUUUACCCUUACUCGAGGAAAGUGAUCAAGUAUACAAGUACGCCUGGUAUGUCCAUCGAAGAGCUGAAACAACUUCUUUCAUAACAGAGGCAGCAAAUCUGUUUGAAAUUGGAUCUUCAAAACUUACGGCCCUGGGAGAAUUCUACAACAAUUUUCCAGCUAACGUAACUCCUGAUCCGCCCACUAAUCCUACUGACCCGCCCACAAACACCACAACAGACAAGCCUGUAACAGACCCACCUGUCAAACCCUAUUCGUCCGGAACUUGUAGGCGUCGCAAAAAUAGAAAAUAGCAACAUAUGCAAACGGUUUGAAUAUAAAUAUAGUAGUGUGCUUAUAUUUAUUCUUAUAGACCUUUACAGCAAGUAAAAGUGUUGUUAAAUGCAUUUUUAAACAUAUAUUGUAAACAUUAUUGCUACUUUUAAAAACCUACUAUACAAGUAUAAAAGUAAUGCAUAGCUUACGUGUGGUACAUGGA